AACCAUCAAACUAUUGAAGAGAGCUUGAAGUGGAAGAAGAUCAAGAAGGGUCAAUAUGGGAAACUGUCUUCGCCACCGGCAGCCGGUGACUAUGGUCGACGGCGACGAUGAAGAAGAGCACUGGAUUAAAACAGAGAAAGCCGAAGAACUAACCACAAGCAGGCCGAAGGAGACUUCUGCACCGUCCACAGAGGUGAGGAUCAGAAUCAGUAAGAAGCAACUUGAGGAGUUUUUGAGACAGGCAGAGAUUAAAGGCUUACCAACUCGAGAUGUGAUGAUAGAGCUUAUCAAUAUGAGCAUGGCGGAGUCUAAUGAGAUCAUUCAUGAUCAGUAUCAUUGGAAACCUGCGCUCAGAAGCAUUGCAGAAGAGCCUGACGAUUAGAAUGAAACUAUAUAAGCUCUCUUCUAUCCCUUUUUCGAUCUCUUAUACUCUUUUGGUUAGAUUGUCUGUAAAUUAUUAGAUUUGUUAGAUUAUGAUAUGUGGUUAUAAGUAGGUUGUGAAUGGAAGAGGAGAAGAAGGGAUAGAUGGGUUUUUUUUUUUAAUUUAGGUCUGGUUUGUUUGAGUUUCUGAUUUUGUAAAAUAUUAGAGCUAUUUUGAUGAAUAUUCUUUAUAUUUUUUUCA